AGGCGGGAGAGCACCGCGAGAGAUAGAUAGAGAGAGAGAGAGAGAGAGAGAUAGAGUCAGAGGGAGGGAGAAGAACAGGAAGAUGUCUGCCUGUGAGUCCACCAUUGUCAACUCUACCGAGGAGCUGCUUGCGGAGGUCGAGGUGGAACAAGCCGAGUCCCGCGAGGACUUUGAACUGCGUGUGCGCAAGAUCAAGAAGCGAGUGAACCCGGACGUGUCGUCGCGCAAGUGGGGCGUGAAGCGCCAUGCCGAUGUGCCGGAAGAGGUGCUCCGCGGGAGUGGCGAGCUGGAUCACCUACUCCCACGGUUUGACGCGCGAACAAUGACCGAGGCCGAGUGGUUUGCCUUUGAGGCGCUCGACCGGCCGUGCGUAAUCGAGAAUCUGAUGGACGACUGGAAGGCGCCGGCCAAGUGGACGCCGCGACGGUUCAUGCGCAAGUACGCCGACAAGACCUUUGACGUCGGCUCGUUUAACUACACAGACAUGACAUGGGCGCAGUUUGUGCGGUACGCGCUGACCAACGACGACGACUCGCCGCUGUACGUCUUUGAUCCGUACUACGGGAGCAAGUAUCCCAAGCUGCUGCAGCAGUACACCGUCCCGCGCUUCUUCCGCGACGACUACCACCAGUAUGCCGGCGAAAAGGAUCGCCCACUCUACCGCUGGUUCCUCGUCGGGCCCAAGCGGUCCGGAACGGGCAUCCACCAGGAUCCCGGCAACACCUCGGCGUGGAAUGCGCUGGUCAUGGGCCAGAAGCGGUGGGCCUUCUUCCCGCCAAGCACCAAGGGCUCGGUGGUCAAGCCGCCCAAGGGCGCCGGUGACGAGGGCAUCGACUGGUGGCUCGACGUCUACCCACAGCUCCGCCCGCGCGCCGAGGAGCUUGGCAUGAUCGAGUAUACCCAAAAGGCCGGCGAGACGCUGUUUGUCCCGUGGAAGUGGUGGCACGUUGUCCUCAACACCGAGUUCACCGUCUCGGUCACCCAGAACUUUGCCUCGCGCGUCAACAUGCCGCACGUCUGGCGCUACACCAAGAAAUACCGCCCCAAGUACGGGCGCCGCUGGUACUUUAAGCUCCCGCCCGAGGUCCGCGACGCGCUCGACGUCUCCGACUUUGACUUGACCGGCCCGGUCGAGGGCUCCGACUCGAGCUCGAGCUCAAGCUCGUCGAGCUCCGAGGCGUCAUGGGACGGCGACUGAGCGCCGACGGCUGGCGCCGAGGCUUGCAGCGCGGCCAUCACAGCCGCGAAUGGAGCUUGGACGGCGCCGCCCGGACGACGGUGCCCUCGAUGUAACCCGCAGGGUCGUCGACCGGAAAGUACACCUCAUUGUUGUUCUCGAGGCCGAACCGCUGGAUGUCGUAGAGGAAGACAUGGAUGUUGGGCAUGAUAAACGUGAUCGUCUCCA